AUGUCAUCUGCCUUUUUAGGUCCAGGAACGAGCCCUGCCCAUAAUGGCCAGGUCUGCAGCACAUGGGGAAAUUUCCACUUCAAGACCUUUGAUGGGGAUUUUUUCCAGCUCCCCUCCUCCUGCAACUAUAUCUUUACGUCUCUAUGCAAGAGCAGCUUUGAGGAUUUCAACAUCCAGAUAAGGCGGCAGGUGGUGAACGGCCUACCUACCAUCACCAUGAUCACCAUGAAGCUGGACGGGAUUGUACUAGAGCUGUCCAAAGAUUCCCUUACUGUCAAUGGCGAGAUUAUAACCCUGCCAUACAGUCAGUCUGGAGUCCUCAUUGAGAAGACCCCCUCUUAUCUUAAGAUCACUGCCAAACUGGGACUUGUUGCCAUACUGGAUGAAAAUAAUUCAUUCAUGGUGGAGAUGGACAACAAAUACAAAAACCAGACCUGUGGGCUUUGUGGUGACUUUAAUGGUGUCCAGCUCCAUGGAGAGUUCUUUAAAAAUGAUGUGAAACUGACUUCUUUUGAAUAUGGAAACUUCUGGAAGAUGGAUGAUCCAACAGAACGCUGCAAUGAACAGAUAUUAAGCUAUGAUAAGAAAUGCUCAAAUCUGACAUUGGUGUGUGAGCAGCUGUUUUCCAGCCCAUUCUUCAGCAGCUGCAGGGACCUGGUGGAUGUAGAACCAUUUGUCAAGGCUUGUGUAACAGACAUGUGUCACUGCGAUAACAGUAGCAGUGCUUCCUGCUUGUGUGACACCAUUUCAGAAUAUUCCCAUCAGUGUGUGCAUGCUGGGGGAAAGCCACAACAAUGGAGAACUGUCCAGUUCUGCUCGAAGUCAUGCCCUUUCAACAUGGAAUACCAGGAGUGUGGAAUCCCCUGUGCAGACACCUGCUCUAACACAGAGAGAAGUUACCUGUGUGAAGACCAUUGCAGCAAUGGCUGCUUCUGCCCACCUGGUACUGUUCUUGAUGACAUCAAACAGAGCGGCUGCAUCCCAAUCCAUGAGUGCUCCUGCAUGCACAAUGAAAAGGCAUACGCAUCUGGAGAAUCUUACACAAGCAGCUGCAAAAUAUGUACUUGUUCUGAAGGCCAGUGGAGCUGCAAUGAUGAGGAGUGCCCAGCAACCUGUUCUAUUGAGGGAGGUUCACAUGUGACCACCUAUGACAGGAAAGCAUACACAUUCCAUGGUGACUGUACUUAUGUUCUUUCUAAGGAAUGCAAUGGAACUCUAUUCACAGUAUUGGGUGACAUUGUUAAGUGUGGACUGACAGACACUGAGACCUGUUUCAAGCAUGUCACCAUGGCUCUUUCUGAAGACUCCACUGUGAUUAACAUCCAGGCAAAUGGGAAUGUCUAUGUCAAUGGAAUCUAUUCUCAGCUGCCCACAUCUACUGGAGGGGCAAUGAUUUUCAAACCGUCAACUUUUUAUAUCAUUAUCAAGACAUCUUUUGGGCUUCAGUUGGAGGUCCAGCUCUCACCAAUCAUGCAGGUCUACAUCACUGCAAGCAUUUUAUUCCGGAAAAAAACAUGUGGCCUGUGUGGAAACUUUAAUAGCAUCCAAGCUGAUGACUUAAGAGCUAUCAGUGGGGUGGUGGAGGGAACAGCAGCAGCUUUUGCCAAUACAUGGAAAACAAGAGCCAGUUGUCCUGAUAUAAAGAGCAGUUAUGAAAACCCCUGCAGUCUGAGUGUCCGAAAUGAGAAAUAUGCCCAACACUGGUGCUCUGUGCUGUCAGAUCCACAAGGAGUUCUCUCCCCAUGCCAUGCUGAAAUAAGCCCAGACAUCUACAAAGCAAACUGCAUAUAUGACACCUGUAACUGCGAGAAGACUGAGGACUGCAUGUGUGCUGCCAUCUCCUCCUAUGUCCAUGCCUGUACAGCGAAGGGAGUUCAACUAAACGGCUGGAGAAACACAAUCUGCAGUAAAUACUCCACAAACUGUCCCAGCACAAUGGUGUACAGGUACAAUAUAAAAAACAACAAUGGCACCUGCCGUUGCUACAGUGAUCCAGACUCUAGUUGUUCAUCAACCUUUGACCCUGUUGAUGGCUGUUCCUGCGCUGAAGGAACAUUCUUGGAUGAAGACGGCAAAUGUGUUUUGCCAACAAACUGCUCCUGCUACUACAAGGGCUUGGUUGUGACCCCUGGAGAGGUUUUGACCAAAGAUGGAGCCAUGUGCACCUGCAAGCAAGGAAAACUGAGCUGCAUUGGACAUCCAUAUUAUCGUACAGACUGCAGUGCCCCAAUGGUCUUCUUUAAUUGCUCCAAUUCUGGGACUAGAGUGAAGGGGGCUGAGUGCCAGAAGAGCUGCCUGACAAUGGACAUGACUUGUAUCAGCACAGAGUGCCUUUCAGGCUGUGUUUGUCCACCUGGACUGGUAUCAGAUGGGAAAGGGGGUUGUGUCAAAGAAGAGCUUUGUCCUUGUGUCCACAAUGGAGCUUCAUACCAACCUGGAGACAGCAUAAAAGUUGACUGCAACACCUGCACUUGCAAGGAGAGAAAAUGGCAUUGUACAACACUUCAGUGCCAGGGUACUUGUGGGAUUUAUGGUGAUGGGCAUUACACCACUUUUGACGGGAAGAAGUUCACUUUUAGUGGAAGCUGUGAAUACACUCUCACUCAGGACUACUGCAGCAACAAUAUCACCAAUGGCACCUUCAGAGUCAUCACAGAGAAUGUUCCCUGUGGAACUACUGGCACCACUUGUUCCAAAGCCAUCAAACUCUACCUAGGGAAAAAUGAGCUCAUACUGACAGAAGGGAACUACCAAGUGAUCCAAAGAGGUGAAGGAGUGCAGGUGCCAUAUCACAUCCAUACCAAGGGGAUUUACCUGGUGAUUGAGGCCAAUAAUGGCUUGAUCCUAAUAUGGGACAAGAAGACCAGCAUAUUUAUCAAAUUAGGCCCUAAGUUCAAGGGGCAUGUCUGUGGUCUUUGUGGAAAUUAUGAUGGCAAUGAAAAUAAUGAUUUUACCACCAGAAGCAAAGGAGUAGUUGUUCAUGUUCUAGAAUUUGGAAACAGUUGGAAAGUCUCUCCAAGCUGCCCAAAUACUGGCAGUAAAAAGGAUCCCUGCACUUCCAAUCCGUAUAGACAGUCUUGGGCUCAAAAGCAGUGCAGUAUCAUCACCAGUAAGGUGUUCACAGCCUGCCACUCUCAGGUGGAUCCCACUCAAUACUAUGAUGCUUGUGUGAGUGACUCCUGCGCAUGUGACAGUGGGGGAGAUUGUGAGUGCUUCUGCACUGCAGUAGCAGCUUAUGCAGAGGCCUGCAAUGAAGCUGGAGCCUGUGUUGUCUGGAGAAGCCCACAAAUCUGCCCUCUGUUCUGUGAUUUCUAUAACCCUCCUGGCGAAUGUGAGUGGCAUUAUAAGCCCUGUGGAGCGCCGUGUAUGAAGACCUGCAGGAAUCCUUCAGGAACAUGCUCAAAUCUGAUCCCAGCACUUGAAGGUUGCUAUCCAAAUUGCCCUCCUGAGCAGCCUUACUUUGACGAGGAGACAAUGAAGUGUGUUGGGAGAGAACAGUGUGGUUGCUAUGAUGGAGAGGGAAAUCACUACAGCAAUGGAGAGAAAGUUGCUUCCACAGAGAAUUGCCAAACAUGUUUUUGUGAAUUAUUAGGGAUACACUGCAGCUAUGAUAUUCAAGCUUGUUUCUGCACAUUCCAAAAGAACACAUACCCUUAUGGCGCGACCAUAUACAACACGACUGAUGGCCUUGGAAGUUGUAUCAUUGCUGUUUGUGGGGAGAAUGGGAUCAUUAACAGGACAAUUGACCGCAAUUGUUCUGUUACACCAUCCCACACAACUUACACUCCGAUUACAACAACAUCAAUGCCUUUCUUUCACUUCUCAUCAGAGCCUUCUACAAAAACCAGUAAGUUCUACUACCACAUGGGAAAUCAUAUAUGCAAGAAUGUACAGUGGAAUCCCUGCAGCAUGCAGACAUGUGAAAAGUCUCCAGGAACAUCCACAAUUACAACUUAUUCAACAUCUUUCACAACAUGCACACAUUCGUGUGAAUGGUCAUCCUGGUUUGAUACUACAUUCCCUACACCUGGGACUCCUGGAGGUGACUCUGAAACAUACAACAACAUCAGAGCAGAAGGUCAUAAGAUAUGUAGUAAACCAAGCAAAAUUCAGUGCAGAGCUGAGAAAUAUCCAGAAAAAGAUAUUAAAGAUGUAGGUCAAGUUUUGCAGUGUGAUGUUGCAAAUGGACUAAUUUGUAAAAAUGAAGACCAGCCUGGUCCUAUCCCAUUGUGUUACAAUUAUCAAGUAAGAGUCUUAUGUUGUGAUGAGAACAAUUGUGCAACUAAGCCACCAGAGACAACCAUUCAAUCAACUACAUCAACUAAACACCCUCUGACUUCAUCUUCAGCUCCAGUCUGCCAUGUUUGUGAAUGGUCAGGCUGGUACAAUGUUGACUAUCCUAAAUUUGGUCCAGGGGGUGGUGACAAUGAAUCAAUCGCCAACAUAAUACAAUCUGGAUAUAAAAUAUGUGAAAAACCAGAGAAAGUGAAAUGCCAAGCAGUACAUUAUCCUGGAGUACCAUUAAAUGAAUUAGGACAGAAAGUACAAUGCAAUACGAAAGUAGGAUUAAUUUGCAAAAACAAAGACCAAGGUAUACCACCAAUAUGCAUGGACUAUGAAAUAAAAGUGGAGUGCUGUAAAAAUAUAACAUGCGACAUAACAGCCACAACCCCAAGAACAACAAAUCAAAACCCAAUGAGUACCCAAUCACAUGUGCCUACAACUACAACAUGUAUUGAUGGACAAUACUGUACAUGGUCAGACUGGAUAGAUUCCAGCCACGUUACAACAGGUGAUGGUGGUGGGGACAGUGAAUCCAUCAAAAAGAUUUUUAACUCUGGUAAAAUAAUGUGUAAUAAUCCAGUGGAAAUUGAAUGCAGAGCAAAGGAAUAUCCAAAACUUCAACUCUCAGAGUUGGGACAAGAUGUAGAAUGCAAUCGAUCCGUUGGACUCAUUUGCCUGAACAAAAACCAAGGUCUCCAGAAACAGUGCUUUGAUUAUGAGAUAAAAGUCAAAUGCUGUCAACAGUGUAACACUACAACACUUCCACACAGUUCAACCAUCCCAGGUACAACCACUUCUACAACCAUAGAACCAUCCACUGCAACAUUCUCCACAACAACCCAGCCUCCCAGGACAACCACCCCUGGUACAACAACGUCUAGAACAACAGAACCGUCCACUUCAACUUACUCCACGACUGCCCAGCCUCUCAGCACAACCACCUCUGGGACAACAAGAACCACAACUACUACAACCACGACUGCACCCACAGAAACACCCACUUCAACUCACUCAAAAUCAACUAGCGCAACCACCACUGGAACAACGAGAAUCACACCCAAUCCUACCACAACUAAAACCACUGAACCAUCCACUUCAACUAUUUCCACAACAGUUACCACAACAGUCCAACCACCUUCUACAACAUUACCUGUGCCCACAACAACAACAUGUAUUGAUGGACAACAUUGUGAAUGGUCUGCCUGGAUUGAUUCAAGCCACGCUACCAUUGGUAAUGAUGGGGGAGAUAGUGAAUCCAUUCAGAAGAUUUUUAAUUCCGGUAAAAUAAUGUGUAAUAAUCCAGUGGAAAUUGAAUGCAGAGCAAAGGAAUAUCCAAACCUUCAACUCUCAGAGUUGGGACAAGAUGUAGAAUGCAAUCGAUCUGUUGGACUCAUCUGCCUGAACAAAAACCAAGGUCUCCAGAAACAGUGCUUUGAUUAUGAGAUAAAAGUCAAAUGCUGUCAACACUGUAACACUACAACACUUCCACACAGUUCAACCAUCCCAGGUACAACUACUUCUACAACCAUAGAACUAUCCACUGCAACAUUCUCCACAACAACCCAGCCUCCCAGGACAACCACCCCUGGUACAACAACGUCUAGAACAACAGAACCGUCCACUUCAACUUACUCCACGACUGCCCAGCCUCUCAGCACAACCACCUCUGGGACAACAAGAACCACAACUACUACAACCACGACUGCACCCACAGAAACACCCACUUCAACUCACUCAAAAUCAACUAGCGCAACCACCACUGGAACAACGAGAAUCACACCCAAUCCUACCACAACUAAAACCACUGAACCAUCCACUUCAACUAUUUCCACAACAGUUACCACAACAGCCCAACCACCUUCUACAACAUCACCUGUGCCCACAACAACAACAUGUAUUGAUGGACAACAUUGUGAAUGGUCUGCCUGGAUUGAUUCAAGCCACGCUACCAUUGGUAAUGAUGGGGGAGAUAGUGAAUCCAUUCAGAAGAUUUUUAAUUCCGGUAAAAUAAUGUGUAAUAAUCCAGUGGAAAUUGAAUGCAGAGCAAAGGAAUAUCCAAAACUUCAACUCGCAGAGUUGGGACAAGAUGUGGAAUGCAAUCGAUCUGUUGGACUCAUCUGCCUGAACAAAAACCAAGGUCUCCAGAAACAGUGCUUUGAUUAUGAGAUAAAAGUCAAAUGCUGUCAACAGUGUAACACUACAACACUUCCACACAGUUCAACCAUCCCAGGUACAACUACUUCUACAACCAUAGAACCAUCCACUGCAACAUUCUCCACAACAACCCAGCCUCCCAGGACAACCACCCCUGGUACAACAACGUCUAGAACAACAGAACCGUCCACUUCAACUUACUCCACGACUGCCCAGCCUCUCAGCACAACCACCUCUGGGACAACAAGAACCACAACUACUACAACCACGACUGCACCCACAGAAACACCCACUUCAACUCACUCAAAAUCAACUAGCGCAACCACCACUGGAACAACGAGAAUCACACCCAAUCCUACCACAACUAAAACCACUGAACCAUCCACUUCAACUAUUUCCACAACAGUUACCACAACAGCCCACCCACCUUCUACAACAUCACCUGUGCCCACAACAACAACAUGUAUUGAUGGACAACAUUGUGAAUGGUCUGCCUGGAUUGAUUCAAGCCACGCUACCAUUGGUAAUGAUGGGGGAGAUAGUGAAUCCAUUCAGAAGAUUUUUAAUUCCGGUAAAAUAAUGUGUAAUAAUCCAGUGGAAAUUGAAUGCAGAGCAAAGGAAUAUCCAAAACUUCAACUCGCAGAGUUGGGACAAGAUGUGGAAUGCAAUCGAUCUGUUGGACUCAUCUGCCUGAACAAAAACCAAGGUAUCCAGAAACAGUGCUUUGAUUAUGAGAUAAAAGUCAAAUGCUGUCAACAGUGUAACACUACAACACUUCCACAUAGUUCAACCAUCCCAGGUACAACUACUUCUACAACCAUAGAACCAUCCACUGCAACAUUCUCCACAACAACCCAGCCUCCCAGGACAACCACCCCUGGUACAACAACAUCUAGAACAACAGAACCGUCCACUUCAACUUACUCCACGACUGCCCAGCCUCUCAGCACAACCACCUCUGGGACAACAAGAACCACAACUACUACAACCACGACUGCACCCACAGAAACACCCACUUCAACUCACUCAAAAUCAACUAGCGCAACCACCACUGGAACAACGAGAAUCACACCCAAUCCUACCACAACUAAAACCACUGAACCAUCCACUUCAACUAUUUCCACAACAGUUACCACAACAGCCCAACCACCUUCUACAACAUUACCUGUGCCCACAACAACAACAUGUAUUGAUGGACAACAUUGUGAAUGGUCUGCCUGGAUUGAUUCAAGCCACGCUACCAUUGGUAAUGAUGGGGGAGAUAGUGAAUCCAUUCAGAAGAUUUUUAAUUCCGGUAAAAUAAUGUGUAAUAAUCCAGUGGAAAUUGAAUGCAGAGCAAAGGAAUAUCCAAAACUUCAACUCUCAGAGUUAGGGCAAGAUGUAGAAUGCAAUCGAUCCGUUGGACUCAUUUGCCUAAACAAAAACCAAGGUCUCCAGAAACAGUGCUUUGAUUAUGAGAUAAAAGUCAAAUGCUGUCAGCCAUGCCCAUCUCCUGGAACAUCAACGAUAACCAGUUUAACAACAUCUGAUUAUAUUAUCAGGACAGGACCGACACCCACCACACCUGCCACUUCCCAUCUUGAAAAUAUGACUACUUCAUUUAGCUCUUCACUAAAUCCUUGUACGUGCCUUUACAAUGGGACAUUGUUUAUACCUGGCAAAAUUAUUUACAAUGUAACUGAUCAUGAUGGAUGGUGUUACAAGGCUUACUGCAAUGAUACUUGCAGUAUAGAAGUUGAAGGAAGCCUCUGUAUUACAACUCCAGCUACAAGUACUUUGACACCAACAACCACCCACCUACAUGGAAACUGUGACACAUUUCAUCCCCCAAAGAAGAAUGGUGAAUCUUGGCAUUAUGAUAACUGCACCAUAGCCACCUGCCACAGAGGGAUUGUAACUUCGAAGCCAGUGCAGUGUGACCCUGUGAAGUCAAUUGCAUGUGAAAAUGGCCUUCCUCCAAUUAAGGUCUACGAUGAGUCUGGAUGUUGCUUCCAAUAUGAGUGUCAAUGUGUUUGCUAUGGUUGGGGGGAUCCUCAUUAUGUAACAUUUGAUGGAAAUUACUAUGGCUUCCAAGGAAAUUGUUCUUAUGUCUUGGUCAAAGAGAUCCUGCCAAAAUAUAACUUCAGUGUUAUCAUUGACAACUACUACUGUCAUGCCCCCGAUGGUCUGUCCUGCCCCCAGUCUCUGACAGUGCAUUACGAAUCAUUCAUUAUUUUUAUCACCCAGGAGGACAUUCAUGGCGUCUUUACAAACCUGAUUUAUAUCAACCAGGAACAAAUAAUCCCACCCUUUGAAAACAAUGACUUCAGGAUCACAGACAAUGGAAUUGAGACACUACUAGUCAUUCCUGCUAUCGAUGCACGUGUGUCCUUCAGAGGCCUAAUGUUUAGUAUCUACCUGCCUUAUUCUCUGUUUCAUGGAAACACAGAGGGCCAAUGUGGAACCUGUAACAACACUCGCAAGGAUGAUUGUCGCUUGCCAAAUGGGACAAUCGAUUCCUCCUGUUCUGACAUGGCACACAAUUGGCAUGUUCCUGAAAAUAAUCAGAGUUACUGUCAGCCACCAGUACCACUGCCUCCAGCACCUGACUGUGAUCCACCUAUCUGUAAAAUCAUCACGAGCAAGGUAUUUGAAAAGUGCCACAAUGUGAUACCCUAUGAGGCAUUCAUUGAAGCUUGCAAAUUUGAUAGCUGUCACAUGCCUGACACCCAUAUUGGUUGCAAAAGUUUGCAAAUGUAUGCAGCUAUGUGUUUGAAUUCAGGAAUUUGUAUUGACUGGCGAAACUUCACAAAUGGAGAAUGCCCCUAUCAAUGUGAAGAACCUAAAGUUUAUCAGGCAUGUGGUUCGGAAGUAGAGCAAACCUGUGAUGCCAGGUGCAAUCCAAAAUUUAUGCAGCAGCAGAACAAAUUCAACCAAAUGGACAAUGUGUUUACUGAAGGAUGUUUCUGCCCCCCGGGAAUGACUCUUUUUAGUUCCCACUCAAACGUGUGUGUGCCCAGCUGUGAAAUUUGUGCAUUACCAAAUGGAAAGUGGAAAAAGGUUGGCGAGACCUGGGUGAAUGGCUGCCAGGAGUGUAUAUGUACCACCUCUCUGAAUGUCCAGUGCAAGCCAGUGGAGUGCCCAUCCCAGCUACCUGUUACCUGUGAUGAAGUAGGACAGGUAGAGGUCAAUGAAACAGAUGGCUGCUGCCAGAAGACCAGAUGCAUGUGUAAUGUUACCCUCUGUCCUGCAACUGAACACACUUGCAAGGUUGGAUAUGAGUUAAAGAUUAACAUGGGAGUGUGUUGUCCUACCUACAAGUGCCGAAGUAAGGAUGUCUGUGUCUUCAAUGACACAGAGUAUAAGCCACAGGACAGAGUCCCCAAAGACAAGUGUAAACAAUGCUACUGUAGCCCUGAUGUGGACUCAGAAACUCAUCUGCAUAUCAUUAAGUGUUCACCAACAGUCUGUGAAACUCACUGUCAGCUGGGCUUUCAGUACCAAACCAUGCCUGGGCAGUGUUGUGGAAAUUGUGUGCAAACCAGCUGCGUUAUUAUGCUGCCUGACAAAUCCACAUAUGCCAUAAAGCCCAAUGAAACCUUCAAUGAACCUCUUAAUAAGUGUGUUAAGUAUGCGUGUGUGAAGACUGGGGAUCUGUAUAUAACCACUGAGGCCAAGACCAUCUGCCCUGACUACCAUUCAGAGGACUGCAUUCCUGGAACUGAAGUUAUUGCUCCUGGUGGCUGCUGUCAUGUCUGUGUUCCAAAAUAUAAGCUAUGUACGGUGACAAAGACAUCUUCCUAUAUACAAAGUGAUGACUGCCAAUCCAUAAAGCCAGUAGAAAUGACAACCUGUGGGGGCUCCUGUGCAACCUACUCCAUGUACUCCAGCCAAGCAAAAGGUCUGCAGCGACAGUGUUCUUGCUGUCAGGAAACAGACACAAAUAUGAAGGAGGUUGAGAUGAUCUGCCCUAAUGGGACAUAUUUUAGACACUCCUAUAUUAAUAUUGAGAAAUGUGGCUGCCUCCAAACGGAGUGCACAAUCAAAGAAGCCAUCCCAGCUCCAGCAGUGGCAAAGUUACACCAAGGCCCACAGUGAGCAUGUGGUAGUCAUAUGACCUCAUCUCUGUUUAAGUCUUCUGCCUAUUUGUAGUUUUCAUUCACAAUCUGAUUAACCACAUUUACAGCAGCCCAUCUGCUAAGAUUUUAACCUGAAAUUAAAAUGAUCAUUCUUAUUACUUACACCUGCCAUUUUUCUCUACACACAAAAUGUCAAAUUAUUAAUAAAAGGUAGCAGUGUGCACCAUC